UUUCUACCUACGGUCACUCUAAACACAAUUUCGGCAAAACAAAACACAUUUUUUGUCUUUUUUUAAGAUUAUUAACAAAAUAACUUUGUAAAAAUGUCGGAAACAAGCUCAAAGGACAAUGUUAAGACAGCAAUGACUUAUAUUUGUGGUGAAUGUCAUCAUGAGAACGAGAUGCGACCCAGAGACCCUAUACGUUGCCGUGAGUGUGGUUAUCGCAUCAUGUACAAGAAGCGCACCAAGCGUCUUGUCGUCUUUGAUGCCCGAUAAAAUAAAGGCACCUCAAAAUCAAUGGGUAUAUGUAUAUCUAAAGUACAUUUUUAAGAAAAUAGUUUGUAGCUGAAUAUUUGUGGUUUAAUAAAAAGCCUGUAAUAACCAUAAACACUUUGUUCCCUUUAUAAUUAAACGUACAUAACUACAUAAA